UAUCAUCAUCUAGCAGUGCCAUUGUUUUAUCAUCAGCAAGAAAAAGUUCUCCAAUGAAUAUUAGUCCACAAGUAUGGCUAUCAAUUUCAUCAAAACCAUAUCGUCGUCUUGUAUUGAAUUGGCAUCAUAUUGAUCGUCGAGAUCUUUAUAGUUCAUGGAUAGCUCUUUACGAUGUUGAACCAACAUCACAAAAUUUUGAUUAUAAUUUUAUUGAAAGAAUAUUUCCAAUUACAACCACUGGUAAACAUACAACAGCUAAAUCAUAUGAAUAUUUUUCAUUUGAAUCAGCAUUUUUUAAUGAUAAAAAUAAACGUCGCUACCUCAAUGAUUUUCUUCGUUCAGGCAAUGGAAGUGCAUUAACUAAAUUAUCAUCAAGUCUUUGGUCAGGAUGUAUAAAAUAUUGGAUUGCAUAUAUUCAAUAUAAUCGCCGUAUUGUUGUAAAAAAAUGUUUACGUACACGACCAAGAUGGAUGGAACAUUCAAUGCCAUUUAUUGGACAUCGUUCUGUACUUGAAUUAGCAUUACCUGGUACACAUAAUGCUGCUAGUUAUGAAAUAUCGGGUAAAAUGAAUUUUCCACGUCUUGAUAAAUAUAUCUAUUGUCAAGAUGAAUCUGUAUGGAAUCAAUUAAUAUAUGGUAUAAGAUUUCUUGAUCUAAGAUUAGCCUAUGACAAUGAACAGAAAAAUGAACGUGAUCGUGUAUGGAUAGCUCAUGGUAUGGUCAAAGUAGAUAUAUUACUUGUCGAUGUUUUAGAACAGGUACUUGCCUUUCUAUUAUCAACACAUCAAGAGAUUAUUAUAUUAGAUUUUCAUCGUUUUGAAGAUGGUCUACAAGAAUCAUUACCAGAUAUUAAUGAACGUCAUACUAUUAUUGAACGUUUAAUUAAUGAUUAUUUAGGAGCAUUUUUAAUACCAGUCGAUUUUGGUUGGAAUCGACCAUUACGUGAAUUAGUUGCAUUAAAUAAACGUGUUUAUAUUGGCUAUGCACGUGAUCAUCGUAAUCGACAAUUUUUUCAUACAAACGCUUUACAUGUUUGGGCUGGUAGUGAUGAUUAUGGAUUAUUAUUUCGUCAUUUAAAUGAUCGAUCAUGUCGUUCACCAUCAACGCCAUAUCCGGUAUCAUUAAUGGGUGCAUUAACACCAAAAUUUUUUGGCCUUUUACGUGACAAAUAUGAUGGUCUACGGUCAUUGGCCGAACAAAUCAAUCAUGAUUUAAGUUUGAGUGUUUUUGAUGAAUGGUGGCAAUGUAUGAAUAUUUUAUGUACAGAUUAUUUUCUAGGCAAUAAUAUUAUUGAAUAUACAAUUGAAGCAAAUUUAUGGCGUGAAAAGAAUCGUCAAAAACAUUUACAACAACAACAACAACAAUCAUCAUCAUCAUCAUCAUCAUAUCAAAAAGAUGUUAGUAAUAUUAUGUUAAAUCUAUCGAAAUUAUAAUCAUCCUAUUAACUAACUAUUUGUUUUUUCUUAUCAAACAAACAAAAA